GAUAACUUCAUAGUCAUGGAUAUAUCUGGCAUGCAUAGCAUCGGGCUAGAUUUUUGCAACUGCGAGGUGGCUCAAUCCCACGACAUUCAGCUCCUGCAUGCUCGGCUGUUCCCUGCCACAAGCAGCAACCUAAAGACUGCCACAACAUUUCGGCUGCUCAAACACUUCUACCUCCUGUCAACCCAGGUGAAUGUGUCUGGUUUUCACUUCUAUUCUAUGCUUGAGCGAUGCACCAAUAAUAUGGGCCUGGACAUACCUAAGGUGCAACCUUCCCAGAUU